AUGAAACUCUCACCAAAUCUUUUGAUACUUGUCGGUACUCUGUUGGUGUUCGUAUUCUACUUUGCAUGUAUAGAUGCUGCUGCAUUAUUUCAUGAAGAACCCAUGGCUGAAAGUAUGGAAAGCGAUGAAUAUAUUGGAUCAUUACGAAAUAAAAAGGAUUUAGAUAUAUCAGCAACGCAACAAUUAACUCCACAUCCAUUUCGUCGUCAACAUCUUAAAUUUGGGGUACUCGGUAAGCGUUAUUCUUAUGGUUAUUUGGGUAAACGAACUGAAGUGCCAAAAACUAAUAACGAUAUUGAAGAAUGGUUAAAUGAUAUGCGAGAACGACGCGCUGGUCGUCCACAAUACGGAAUGUUAGGUUGA